AGAGAGAGAGAGAGUAGUACGCAAUUCCAGAACACUACCAAGAGGGAGAUGGGAGAAGAAAAAAUUAAAAAGAAAAGAAAAGCGAAGCAUCUUUCUUCUUAUCGUGAGUGCGAGAGACACGCGGUGUGCAAAGCGGACCCACCAUUUUUGUGUUGGGUGCACUGUACUACUCUUCUUCUUUCUAUCUCUCACACCUCUUAUAAGGUAAAUGCUACUAAAGAGUAAAGAUCGUUGAUGACUUAACAUUAUUAUUAUUAUUAUUAUAUUGUGUACCAUACCACGCCUCAUUUUCCUUUAAACAAAACUCCUUCACAUCAUCAUCCUCGUCAUCGCCACCGUCUGAACAUUUCUCCCACUUGUCUUCGUUGCCGUGUACUUUCCGGCAGGACAACCAAUCUGCUUCUGUUCAGCUGGAUUCUAAUUUAAUUAGUUACCGGGCAAGUAAAUAUUCUGUUUUCUUAUUUAAUUUUAUUCUUGUUCGUUGUUAAUUUAGCUGGCUGGAGUUGACUGCUUGAGUUUGGGCGUAAUGCUUUUGGGGUUUGUACACUGGAUUUUGGAGGAAGUAUAUAGGUGAUUUAAGGAAUACUGGCAUGUGGGUUGCUCUUAAUUGGAACCAUGGGUGUGUGGGUGUACUGUUUUUGGACUUUUGGGGAAGAAGUGAAGCUGAUUAGGUGAAUUUUUCAGUUACUGCUUUUUUCUGGGGUUUAAUUAAAGCUCUGAUCUUUUAAGGGGAGUGGGUUUUCUUUUCUGGGAUUUUAUAUCACGGUCGGUUCAGUUUGUGAAUUUGGAUCUUUUGGGUAUCUUGGCUUGAUCCAUGGAGGCCAGAUUUGGAGUUGAAAGUGAAGCUCAAGCUCAUCAUUUCUAUGGCACGGGUGCCACAGAAAUGCGGGCAGUGGGGAAGAGGAGUUUAGAGUGGGAUUUGAAUGAUUGGAAAUGGGAUGGUGAUCUUUUCAUUGCUAGCCCUUUGAAUCCUGUACCAUCUGGGGGCAUGGGUAGGCAAUUUUUCCCUGUUGCAACAGGUAUUCCAGUGAAUGGGAAUUCGUCGAAUAGUUCAUCCUCCUGCUCUGAUGAAGUGAAUCUUGUAAUUGAGAAAGGAAAGAGGGAAUUAGAGAAAAGGAGAAGGGUUAUUGUUAUUGAAGAUGAUAAUUUGGAUGGUGAAGAAGUGGGUAGCCUUAGUUUGAAGCUUGGUGGCCAGGGUUAUCCAAUUAGCGAAAAGGAGAUGAGAAGUUGGGAGGGAAACAGUGGAAAGAGGACCAAAUUGGCUGGGGGUAGCAUGAGCCGCGCAGUUUGUCAAGUGGAGGACUGUGGUGCUGAUCUGAGCAAUGCCAAGGAUUAUCAUAGACGACAUAAGGUGUGCGAAAUGCAUUCCAAGGCCAGUAAGGCCCUUGUAGGAAAUGUUAUGCAGCGUUUUUGUCAGCAGUGUAGUAGGUUUCAUGUCCUUCAAGAGUUUGAUGAAGGGAAGAGAAGUUGCCGCAGACGUUUGGCUGGCCAUAAUAAAAGGAGGAGGAAAACAAAUCCUGAAGCUGCUGGUAAUGGAAAUUCAUUGAAUGAUGACCAGACUAGUAGUUAUCUAUUGAUAAGUCUCCUGAGGAUACUUACUAACAUGCAUUCUAAUAGGUCAGACCAGGUGACAGACCAGGAUCUUUUAUCUCAUUUGUUGAGGAGCCUUGCAAGCCAUGCUAUUGAACAUGGAGGAAGAAACAUAUCUGGGCUUUUGCAGGAACCUCGGGACUUGCUCAAUGAUGCAAAUUCGGAGGUACUCUCAACUUUGCUCUCAAAUGUUGAAGUUAUUCCAAGGCCUAUAAAAGAAAAUUUGACAGUACCUGGUUCUGGGAUGCUGCAGCAAGUUGGACGUGCACAUGGCGCUAAUGGUGCAAAUAUGCAAACCUCUUCUUCUGUGAAACCUAGCAUUCCGAGCAACUAUCCAGCAUAUUCAGAAGUUCGAGACAGCACUGCAGGGCAGGUCAAGAUGAACAAUUUUGAUUUGAAUGACAUAUAUGUUGACUCAGAUGAUGGUGCUGAAGAUAUAGAGAGAUCGCCAGUUGCUACAAACAUCGGGACUAGCUCCCUUGAUUUCCCUUCAUGGGUACAACAAGAUUCACAUCAAUCAAGUCCACCACAGACAAGUGGAAAUUCAGAUUCAGUAUCUGCCCAGUCACCUUCUAGUUCUAGUGGAGACACUCAGAGUCGUACGGAUCGAAUUAUUUUCAAACUUUUUGGUAAAGAACCUAAUGAAUUUCCUCUUGUCCUGCGCGCCCAGAUUCUGGGUUGGCUGUCUCAUAGUCCCACUGACAUUGAGAGCUACAUUAGGCCUGGUUGUGUCAUUCUGACCAUUUAUCUUCGUCAGGCUGAGUCUACGUGGGAGGAACUUUGCUGUAAUCUUGGCUCCAGUUUGAGUAGGCUUCUGGACGUAUCAGAUGAUGCUUUCUGGAGAACUGGAUGGGUCUAUAUUAAGGUGCAGCAUCAAGUAGCAUUUGUUUGCAAUGGUCAGGUUGUUGUGGAUACAUCCUUAUCUCUCACAAGUAACAACUAUAGUAAAAUUUUAAGUGUCAAACCAAUUGCAAUAUCUGCAUCUGAAAGAGCUCAAUUUGUGGUUAAAGGAAUCAACCUGUCUUGGCCUACUACAAGAUUACUCUGUGCAGUAGAAGGGAAGUAUGUGUUCCAGGAAGAUACUCAAGAACUAAUGGAUGGUGUUGAUAACUUAAAAGGAUAUGAGGAACUCCAAUGUGUUAGCUUUUGUUGCUCUAUUCCUACAGUGUCUGGAAGAGGAUUCAUCGAGAUUGAAGAUCAUGGUUUCAGCAGUAACUACUUUCCUUUCAUAGUUGCAGAGGAAGAUGUUUGUUCAGAGAUCCGUAUGCUUGAGGGUGUGUUGGAGUUUGCUGAAACAGAUGCUGAUGUUGGUGGAACUAGAAAAAUGGUUGCCCAAGAUCAAGCUAUGGAGUUCAUUCAUGAAAUAGGUUGGCUUCUUCACAGAGGCCAAUUGAAGUCUAGAUUGGGCCACUUGGAUCCUUACACAGACCUUUUCCCUUUAAAAAGGUUCAAGUGGCUAAUGGAGUUCUCCAUGGACCAUGAAUGGUGUGCUGUAGUGAAAAAACUCUUGAACAUACUGCUCAAAGGUGUUGUUGGUACAGGAGAGCACUCAUCUCUAAACCUUGCAUUAUCUGAAAUGGGCCUUCUUCACCGAGCUGUGCGGAAGAAUUCUAGGUCUCUAGUGGAGCUUCUUUUAAGAUAUGUUCCCGAGAAAUCAGUACCUGAAAACAAGUCACUAAUUGGUGGUAGCCAUGAGAGCAACUUGUUUAGACCAGAUGCUACAGGACCUGCAGGUUUGACGCCUCUUCAUAUUGCAGCUGGUAAAGAUGGUUCUGAAGAUGUACUGGAUGCAUUAACUGAUGAUCCUGGAAUGGUGGGAAUUGAAGCAUGGAAGAGUGCUCGUGACAGCACAGGUUUCACACCAGAAGAUUAUGCUCGUUUGCGGGGCCACUACCUGUACAUCCACUUGGUAAAGAAGAAAAUUAACAAAGGACCACCUCUGGGACAUGUGGUGCUUGACAUUCCUGGGACUCCAGCUGACUGCAGCAUUAACCAGAAGCAAAAUGAAGGAGUGACCACCAGCUUCGAGAUUGGACAAACAGCAAAGAGACCCAUUCAGGGGCCCUGCAAGCUUUGCCAUCAAAAGCUGGAUUAUGGAACAGCUGGCAGGUCAUUAUUGUACAGGCCUGCAAUGCUGUCAAUGGUGGCAAUUGCUGCAGUUUGUGUUUGUGUGGCUCUUUUAUUCAAGAGUUGUCCUGAAGUUGUGUAUGUCUUCCGCCCCUUCAGGUGGGAAUUGUUGGACUAUGGUCCUUAUUAACUGCCAACUUGAUGGCAUGCAAUAGGUGGUAUGCAUUUAUAGACCGUAAAGUUGAGAUUUCCUGUGUAACUGGUGCUUUCAGAUUCAGUAAAGUUAUUGACAUAUGUUUAUUCA